AUGGCUUCCAUUUUCGAGCAGCCCGGAAACGGCACUCUCUUCCUUGGCGGGCAGAAAGUGUCGGGCUCCGACAUUCGCGAUCAAAAUGUCAUCGCUACCCAGAUGAUCGCAAAUGUAGUCAAGAGCUCGUUCGGUCCCAGCGGCCUGGACAAAAUGAUGGUUGACGACAUUGGUGAUGUCACGGUCACCAACGACGGCGCUACCAUCCUCAGUCUCCUCGACGUCGAACACCCCGCAGGAAAGAUUCUCGUCGAUCUUGCUCACCAACAAGACAAAGAAGUUGGAGAUGGCACAACAUCGGUCGUCCUGAUCGCUGCAGAGCUCCUCAGGAGAGGAAACGAGUUGAUGAAAAACCGUAUCCACCCGACUACCAUCAUUACGGGCUACCGCUUGGCCCUUCGCGAGGCGGUCAAAUACAUGAAUGAACAUGUCAGCAUCAAGGUUGAGAACUUGGGCCGGGAGUCGUUGUUGAACAUUGCCAAGACCUCGAUGUCCAGCAAGAUCAUCGGUGCCGAUUCCGAUUUCUUUGCCAACAUGGUUGUCGACGCCAUGCAGGCAGUCAAGACGACAAAUAACAAGAACGAAUCCAAGUACCCCGUCAAGGCCGUCAACAUUCUCAAGGCCCAUGGAAAGGGUUCGCUGGAGUCGGUUUUGGUCAAGGGAUACGCUCUCAACUGCACAGUGGCCUCUCAAGCCAUGACGACACGCGUCCAGGAUGCUAAGAUCGCCUGCUUGGACAUGAACCUCCAAAAGGAACGAAUGAAGCUUGGUGUACAAAUCACAGUGGAUGACCCAGACCAGCUUGAGCAGAUCCGGCAACGGGAAUCGGGAAUGAUAAUCGAAAGGGUGGAGAUGAUUCUCAAGGCGGGGGCGAACGUUGUGCUCACCACCAAGGGCAUCGACGACCUUUGCCUGAAAUUGUUUGUGGAGAAGGGUGCUAUGGCCGUGCGCCGGUGUAAGAAAGAGGACCUUCGUCGUAUCGCGAAGGCGACCGGUGCUACUCUUUUGAGCACGCUCUCCGACCUGAAUGGCGAUGAGAAGUUUGAAGCGUCAUACCUGGGCCAUGCCGAAGAGGUGGUACAAGAGCGCAUCUCCGACGACGAGUGCAUCAUGGUAAAAGGCACUAAGGCGCACUCGUCGGCUUCGAUCAUUCUCCGUGGCCCCAACGACUUUCAGCUUGACGAGAUGGAGCGGUCGGUACACGACAGCUUGUGUGCUGUGAAGAGGACCCUCGAGAGCGGCAGCAUCGUGCCGGGAGGUGGUGCGGUCGAGACGGCGUUACACAUCUACUUGGAGGAGUUUGCGGGCACUGUUGGUUCCCGCGAGCAGCUUGCCAUCGGCGAGUUUGCACAAUCUCUUCUCGUUAUCCCCAAGACGCUAGCGGUGAACGCUGCUAAGGAUGCCUCGGAACUGGUCGCCCAACUCCGGUCUCGGCAUGCGCUUUCGCAGCGCAUCCAGGAAGGCGAAGCGAAUGAGGACGAGAAGACGGUGGCACGCAAGAAGGCGUACAAAAACUAUGGCCUUGACCUCAUGAAGGGCAAGGUGGUGGACGAGAUCAAGGCAGGCGUGGUGGAACCUAGCAUUAGCAAGAUCCGGCAGCUCAAGAGCGCAGUAGAGGCAUGCAUUAGCAUCAUGCGCAUCGAUACCCUGAUCAAGCUGGACCCGGAACCGCAGGCGGAGGACGAUGGCCAUGGCCAUUAG